UCAGCCUGAAGCCCAAUAGAUAAACAAAUGAAAAGGCCCAUUUUCACUUUAUUUUGAGGAAUCGAGAAAGGGGCUGAACAGUGGACAUUCACAAUUCUCAAUUUCUCAUCAACCCUCCAUCUCCAAUUCUCUUUCUCCAGCCCUAAUUUCACUUUACUUUUGAUUUUUGGGGAAGCGACUGAUUGUUCUUCCCGUAGGAGCGAUACGUGGCUCCGUGGAUAUCCGCUUGGUGAGUCUGAUUCUAAAGUGGUUUGCGGCAGCGGUGGCUUGUCACUGUUUCCCAAUUCCUUGAGCAGGUUAUGAAGACAUUCGAGGUCGGUGGUACCACUCUUUCUCUUGCUCUCUUCAUCGAUGUCACCAACUCCAAAGAGCUUCUGGAUUUGAUGCAAGCAGGAACUCUGGAACCCGAAGUAGCGUUUCUCAAUGCUUCAUUAAUACCAGAUACUUUCCCACUUCUUGCUGCUGCACAUAAGACUCUUGUAGCUAAAUCACGAGAGUCGUUGACCACACGCACUCUUCAUUCUGAGCUCGUUUACAAUUACUCUGGUUCUAAACAUAUAUCAGAAUCGCUAAAAAGAUGCGGCAUCUCUGACAACACAAGUUAUGUUCUCGUGGCUCGUUUUGGUGCUUCAGUUGAUGAGAUGACAGUCGUGAAAGGAAUUGUCAAGGGAAUUGAAAUUGGUUUGGAGGAAUUGGAAGGGCGAGCGGAUCAAACCCAGAUAGACAAGCACUACAAGAUAUCUGCAGUCGAACUAGGGAUUUCGUCAUUAUCAGACGCGAUAACAUGUAGGAUUGCAGCACGAGAUGCAAUGUGAGGAUAAAAGUUGUGCUGAUUUGCUGUGUGUUUUGUUACGUUGUACCAUUAUUUAUCUCUUGUUUGAUCUUGGUGCUGAUUGUGUGGAAUCAUGAUGCCAUUUUUGGAUGAUAAUUGGACAUCUGUAGACCAGUAAAUGUAUUUCAUUUUCAGUAUUCCAUAAGCGUUGAACAUUUUAUUAGUUCCAUCAGCAUGUGCGCAAGGAGAUGGAGUGUGUUUGUUGUCCACUAUUAAUCCUGAAUAGGUACUGACUCCAUAAAAAAUUUAAGCAUGUUUUUAGUGUAAUCAUACUGGGUUAGUUUUAGAUUACUUCAUCAUCGUAAAUAGUAUACAUUCCCGGAUGAAACUUGUUCGUAUUCUAAGCAAUGAAUGUUAUAAACUUUUUAAAUGACCUUCAAUAAAAG